UGGGGAAAAACCUGGGACCUCAUGUGACCGUCACAUGGCAGUGCCAUUGGUGCCAUUGGUACCGUCGACUCCCAGGGGAAGCCAACUGCCAUUCCUUCCAGGAUAUGCUGCUCAAGAGGUCAAGUUCGGCACCAGCCGAAAGCCGCAGACUCUGAGCUUCGGCCCGGGGGGCUGCAUCGAUAGCUACCACAAGCUGAAGGUGCCCAGACUCAACUUGGCGAUUACGGAGAGGUUGAAGGACCCGUUCCAUCGAUAUGACAUGUCCUACAGGUCUCCGACUCAUGAAGAGCGUGACUUCAUAAAACAAUCGGCGCGUAACACCUUCCGACCACUCAACGAGCCAGCCUGGCUGAAACAUGACCGCCACGUGCUGAAAUUUGACGCCUACACGCAGGAUCGGAUGUUUGAAAGUACAAAGGAGACUUUCCGGAUACGUUGCUGUGUGAUUUACUUCUACCUGGAGGAUGGGACUAUGAUGGUAUCAGAGCCCAAAGUGGAAAACAGUGGAAUGGCUCAAGGAACUGUGGUGAAGCGUCACAGAAUACCCAAACCAAAAUGUUUGGGUGGUGGCACCUAUUCCUAUGAAGACUUUCGGGUGGGCUCAACCGUCAGCAUCUACGCGCAGAUUUACAAGCUGGUGGCUUGCGACGAGUUCACCCGCAAGUUCUAUUGGGACGCCAUGGGUGCUGUGCAGCCCGAUGACCAGGAGGCACCCAUCGAUUCCUUCCAAGCGAACAUGCAGGUGGACGAGGAGGCGAUCGCUGAGCGCAGCGCCACCUUGUCCGAAAGCAAAGAGUACCACCACUUGGCUGCUGGUGGGAAUCGGAAGAACCAGAAGCUGGAACAAUACCUGGAAAAUGACCGUAAGGUUCUUCGAUUUCACUGCUUCUGGGAUGACAUGACCAAGUAUGGGACGCGGAUGUACUACACCUUACAUUACUACCUGGCAGAUGACACUGCAGAGAUUCUGGAAAACAUGUCCAGGAACUCUGGCCGUGAUCCAUAUCCAACCUUUUGGAGAAGAUCUCCACUGCGAAAGAAUCCCAACAUCACAGCAACUCCUGGCAUGAUGGAACCAGAGCCGGUCAUCUACAAGCCUGAGGAUUUGGUGGUUGGCGAGUAUGUGAAUGUGCUGGGCCGCAACAUUUUCCUCUACGACUGUGACGUUUUCACUCGGGACUUCUACAAGCAGUACAUGGACUUUGAGCAGGGUUCCAUCAAGAUAGAACAGCCCAGACUUGUUCACACGAAGAUCAGGUAUCCGCCACACAUCGGCUUCGGGUCCGAGGAGGACUCCUUGGCCAGUUGCUUGCGACUUGCUCCGCGGCCUCCGCAGCGGGACAUGAAGAGGCUAAUUGCCGAUGCCGACAAGGUGAUGCGCUUUGAGGCAAAACUGGCAAACAACAUUCCUCAGGACGAGAAGAGGAGGUUUAUCGUUGCCGUCUUCAUGGCCGAUGAUAGCGUUGGAGUUUGGGAGUUGAAAUCCCGCAACUCUGGUCACGAUGAGGGCAAAUUUGCCAACAAGGCCAGGAGGAAAAAUCCUGCCACAGGGAGCUGGUUUUGCCAAGCGGACUUCUUCGUUGGUGCAAUCGUGGAGGUCAACGCCUCGCCCUUUCAACUGAUCUGGGCGGAUGAUGCCGCCUUCCUCCGCAUGGAGAGCCACCCUGCGCAGUUUCGCUAUGCGGAUACAUCUUUGGUGAUCCAGAAGCUGCGACCUGCGCGGGAGCUCCUAGAGAAGGUAGAGGGGCUUAUGGACUGGCGCAGCUUCCAGAGCCUGGUUCAGGACCAUGGCAUUCAGCUGGUGGAUCAUGAAACCAUCUCCCUUGCCCGAGCCCAUGGGCGGUAUCAAGGCCCGGCUCGAAAGGCUCAGAUUGAUCUGGGGAAGUUGCUAUUGGCCAUGGACGACCAAACGUGACGACCAUUUGGGGUCCAAUGAUUUGGGGGCUCAAAACCCAUGAUC